AUGUCACGAAACAUCUGCAUCACUGCCAUCGAUGGCAACACAGGCUUUCUCAUCGCCGAGUUAAUCCUUACACAUCGCGACUUCUCCCGGAAAGUCAAGAGUGUUGUCGGCCUCACUCUUCACCCCGACUCUGACAAAGCAAAGCAACUCAAAGACCUUGGCGCCACUAUUGUCGCACACAAACCAGGCCGCCUUCGUCCUAUGAUCAAGACUCUCGAAGAGACGGGAUGUGAUACCAUCUGCCUUAUCCCCCCUACGCAUGAGCACAAGUUCGAGAUCACUGAGGAGCUCGUGCAUGCUGCCAAGAAGGCUGAUGUGCAGAAUGUUCUCUUGAUGAGCUCUGCUGGGUGCGACUAUGCUGAGAGAGGUAAACAGCCUCGCUUGAGGGAGUUUAUUGAUCUGGAGACACUUGUGAUGGAGGCUAAGGGAGACCCAAGUGUUUCUACGGGACAUUCCCCCUGUAUUAUUCGGGCUGGGUUCUAUGCCGAAAAUCUCCUUUUGUACGCCAAGCAGGCCAAGGAAGAGGGCACGCUUCCACUUCCCAUCGGCGAAUUCCACAAGUUCGCACCUGUGGCACUGGGCGACGUUGCUCAAGUCGCUGCUCAUGUGUUGACUGGCAAGGGCGAGCAUGGAUUUGACGAUCGCCAUCGCGGACAGAUGAUGGUAGUCACCGGUCCUAUGUUAUGCGCUGGUAAAGAGCUUGCAGAAGCAGCCAGCAAAGCCCUUGGAAGUAAGCUCCAGUUCGAGAACAUCUCACAUGCCGAAGCCAAGCGGGUCCUCAAGUCCCAAACUGAGCUUGACCCUUCGGAGCAGCAAUAUCUUCUCGAGUACUACAGCCUUGUGAAGGAGGGCAAGACUAACUACAUCUCCACCACAGCUUUCAACAAUGUGACUGGGGAGCAUCCAACAGAGCCAGAGCAUUUCUUCAAGAUCUACGAGGGGGAAUUGAGGCCCAAGAAGAAGGCGAAACAUGCGAAGUGA